ACUUCAUUCGAGAGGACAAUAUGGUUCGAUGGAGCCAAGAACCCCAGCAGCGGCCGGUCCAAGUACCGACAGACUUCCUUCAAGAAGACAACAUGGUUCGGUGGAGCCAAGAACCCCAGCAGCGGCCGGUCCAAGUACCGACAGACUUCCUUCAAGAAGACAACAUGGUUCGAUGGAGUCAGGAACCCCAGCAGCGAUCGGUCCAACAACCCCAGCAGCGACCAGUGCAAGUACCCUCUGAGGUUAUGCGCGUUAUAG